AAGUCUAAUGCUUGAUAAUAUUAUGAUGGCAAUUGGAUGGGCUGGAUCAUAACAGAUUAUUGCCAUAUCACUAUUGAGAUAUCUUAUUUUGGUUAAUAGCAAAGCACUUUAUUUAUCCUAAUUUUUAAUUCGAUUGGCUUGCAUCCUACUAUUUUUGAUAGUGUUCCUUAAGUAAAUUGUUAUGUAAUUCCAAGUAAAAUAUUCCGUUUGCAGCACCCUCGAUUGAAUACUCCACACUAAUUGGGCAGACCUUUCAGAUUUUCAUUUUCUUUGGUUUUCUUUUGUAGUCUGAUGGAAUUUGUUUCAAUAGCAAUGGCAGUUCAUUCAGUAAGUUCUAUUGCCUAAUCACUAGUUGAAAUAUUAUAGUAUCGUUCACUUUGCAGCUCUAUUCACUAUUUUUAAAUCCUUCUUUAGAAGUUGGAUCAAUAAUGUGACUCCAAUCACUGCUUUGGCCUCCUAUCUACUGAUGGGAUUGGGUUAUUUAUUGGAGGAUUGGAUAUACUUUAUUCAUGGGCCUUCAUUUGAUAAAAGAUUCCUCGGAAUAAAUGAAAAAUUCGAAUGGAAGCCAUUAGUCAUGGUUAUAGCUGCAGCAGCCAGUAGAACCCUUGGAAUUCAAAUAUUCAAACACAUUCAAUUUUAAUAGUUAUUUAAAAAUAAAGGUUUUGUGGAUAAAGUAUCAUGGGCCAACUAUAUAAACGAUGAACCUGAAAAGAUUCAGAACAGUUUGGCUGCUGUGAAUGCUCUCUUUAGUCGAUAUUUGGAAGCACAAUUGAUUGUCCAUUGCGAAUAAAACUCAAUACCAAUCCACUAAUUAAAAAGUGAUGCUAUUUUGGAACUCCUAAAUAGUUACUUCGAUAAUCAUUUAUCAUAUAGUUAUUAAUAUAUGGAAUAGUUUCAUAUCUUCAAUUUCAACAAAGAAGCCAUUGAUGACAUAGAUGCUUAUGCAGAAAAAGACACUUUAUUAAGGAAAAUGAUUAAGCAAAGGAUCUUUACUAUUCAACUAUAACAUCAAUAAUUCAAAGAGUUAUUUGGAAUUGACAAAUAUCAAAAUCUUUCAUUUGAAGUCAUUUUUUAAGACUAUGGCAUUCAUGAAUACAUUUGGGAUGAAGAAACUCCAUUCAUUACAUUGAGUAUGCAAUUCUUUCAAGGAAUCUUUUGUCUCAUAGCAGCAUACUUUAAUGAAGAAUAAGUUUCUGACUAUUUUUCACAGGGAUACGAUAUUGGACUGACUCUGACUAAAAUAGAAUAUUAUGUAUGGAUUGCUGUAUUUUUGGGAAUUUUAUAAUUGGGAAAAAUUGGGUAAUUAUUAGCAUUAAAUCACUUAGGGCUUAUAAAUUGAUAAUCUUAUGGGAAGUAUAAACUUACUUUUUUAGUGGUAUAUUCCUGGAACUUGGCAUCAUUUAUUUAACAAUGAUCUGGAUUGAAAACAUCACCUAUAUAAAAGUGCUUGGUCUUAUUAUUUCAUAUAUAGUAAUGUCAAUAAGUUAUAGAUCAGCUGAAAAAGUCAGAGAUUAAAGUAAUCUUUUGUUAUUUAAAUAGAAAAUAAACUAUUUUAUUUAAAUUUUGUUAUUUUCUUAGUAAAAACACAAAAAUUUACAAAUAGAGAAGGCAGCCAUAUCAUUUCAUUGAUGACAUAAUGCUGUGAACACUUGAGUUUAAAUGAAUUUUUGAAAGUAUUAUCUUAGAUGUUGUGUAUACAUGGAAUAGUGAGUUGUGACCAACUAAGACACAUGAAAUUUAGUCAUUUUGGAGAGAGUCCCCUAUUCAAAUUCUAAAUCCCUUUCAUUUUUCAAUCUUAAUUACGUUAUGAAAACAACAUUGAAAACGAUACUUUGAUUCAAGAAGAGGGUGAAAUUGAAUAGAUGCAAAAGUCUUAAUUUACUCGUUAUGUUAUUGAAAGCAAAUAUUAAGAAAACAAAUCAGAAAUAAAAUCGGGAAAAAAUGUUGCCAAUUCAAGAAUAUAAGUCAAAUCUGAAAUACAACCUUAGUAUUCUAAAAUCAUGUCAGAUCGAAAAUUAUCAGCAUCAGCAUAAAAGUCCAAAAGACAAUCGAUAUUAAAUUGAAAUUAA